GUUGGAUUAGAGUGCAGAAAUGACCACCUCACUCCCCUUCUCCCUUUUGUCUCCUACACCUAUCAAAUCCUCCUCCUCACCACCACCACCACCGCUACCACCACCACCACCACACCACCACCACCACCACAACCACCCCACCAUAACUAACAACCACUCCUUCAAACCCUUGACAAGAAGAGGAGCCAUUGGUUUUGGACUGUGUCUCAAGUUUCUUGAUUCUGUUCAACCAGCCUCCGCCGCGCCAGAAUCCAUGACCGCCACACCGUGUGAGUUCACGGUGGCUGAUUCAGGACUUGCCUUUUGUGAUAAACUUGUGGGUUAUGGGCCUCAACCUCAGAAAGGUCAACUCAUCAAGGCACAUUAUGUCGGCAAACUCGAAAACGGGAAGGUCUUCGAUAGCAGCUACAAUCGAGGGAAACCCCUCACAUUCCGUGUCGGCGUUGGUGAGGUGAUUAAAGGAUGGGAUGAGGGUAUUCUAGGUGGGAAUGGAGUUCCUCCAAUGCUUGCUGGAGGAAAACGGACGUUGAAGCUUCCUCCACAACUCGGAUAUGGCAUGCGAGGAGCUGGUUGUAAAGGAGGUUCUUGCCUCAUUCCACCAGAUUCGGUUCUGUUGUUUGAUGUCGAGUUCAUCGGCAAGGCAUGAGCAUGAAAUCAAGACAAAAAAAAAACAUGGAUUGUUGUUACAUCUACCAAUUCAGGUUGCUACAUGGACCAAAUUUGAUGUAACAGUUUAUAAGUUUUAAAUAAGACAUUUUUGGACAUCCUAA